AUGGAAAAAUUUGAAAGAGAUGGUGGUGCUAUGAAUGUUGAUGUAUGUGGUUCAUCUCGCGGAGAAGACGAGCAAGUCAAAAUUGAUGUUGAUUCAUUGGCCUCUUCCGUUGAACAUAUGAUGUCCCAAAAGUUGACAAUGUCAGAUAAGUGUUGCAUCUUCAAAGUGCCCUACAUUCUCCGAAGGCAUAGUGAAAAAGCUUAUCUCCCCAACGCAUUUUCAAUUGGCCCCUGGCAUCGUGACGGUAAACUGAUGAAAGCUACAGAGAAAGUUAAACUGAAGUAUCUCAAAGGCCUUCUCUCCCAAGCAUGUAAGGGUAUAACACUGAAGGGUUUGAUCGAAGCCAUUAGGGAGAUCGAGAAAUUGGCACGGGAAUGCUAUGCUGGACAAAUUGACAUGGAUGAAGAGGAGUUUGUCAAAAUGCUGGAGCUUCCUACAAUUGUUGAUUCCGAUAUUGAUCUGUCUCUUGAUAUUUCUUCAUCAAGAGAUGUAGCUCCUUAUGAACGACCUCUUGAUGAUCAUAUACCGCGAGCAGUUCAGCAUAAUAUCCUUCUCUAUAAAGUUCCAUUUCAACAGGUUUUUCCGAUAAAAUUGAUGGCAAUGGUUCCAAAAGAUAGAGGUUUAGGUACAAGUGAUGGUGGAACGUCUGACUCUUCUUUUGGAGAAGGUGCUCAUGUCAACAAUGAUGUUGAUUCACUUGCCUCUUCUUUUGGAGGUGCUCAUGUCAACAUUGAUGUUGAUUCACUUGCCUCUUCUCUCAAAAACACAAUGUCCCAGAAUUUAUCAGUGUCCCAGAAGUGCUCCAUAUUCAGGGUGCCCUACAUACUUCGAAGGCAUAAUGAAGAAGCUUACAUUCCCACUGCGUUUUCAAUAGGACCCUGGCACCAUAACAACUCAAAGUUUAAACCCACAGGAAAGGUGAAACAAAGGUAUCUAAAGGACCUCCUCUCUCGAGCAACAUGCGGAGACACCAUGUUGAAGGAGAUGAUCAAAGCCAUCGGGGAGAUCGAGCAAGAGGCGCGCGACUGCUAUUCUGGACUAGAUACUUAUCUGAAAAGAUACUACUAUCUAGACGUCUGCCAGACGGUGAACCUGUAUUGCCACCGCAUAUGGCCUAGAUUGCGUAUUACCUUUAAGUUGGGCACCCCAUUGAUCGUUGUUUCGCAGAUUGGCAGCGUCAUUCUUUUAAUCCUCACCGUGCUACAGACCAUAUUUUCCAUCAAGAAGUAA